CCCAGAUGUCAGCCAUCCGCCCAGAUGUACCUAAGAAGACUGAAGGAACAAAUACAGAACCCAAAAAAGACACAGUGCCCUCCGCAAAAAUCACUUCAGAGUCAGAGCAUGAGAAAUCUUUCAGAAGCACCCGUUUCUCUGAAAACCAGGGGUACCGACCGGGACAAUUUAACUCCAGUGAAGAUUUGUCUCACAUUCCUUCUACGCACCUAGCAGCAAAAAUUGAAAAUGAACUUCCAGCAUCAGCUAUCACCAGCACGACGACCUCCCCCUACCAGCAGGGGAAGGUUCCCCUCCGCCAUGCCUACUAUACCAAUGGCUGUGGAGUUGCCCAGGCUUCAGUGAGGCAGCAGCAGCCACGGGGCUCGAAGAACCAGCGCAUCGGAUCUACCACAUCCAUCUGCACCAACAACAGCAAGAAGAGCUGCAAGUCUACAGCUUCUCAGAUUCAAGAGGUGGCAGGGGACGAGCUGUGUGCCACUCUCCUCUUGGCCUGUCUCUUCUGCCGUUCCUCUGACAUUCUGCCUCUUCUGACUGGGUCCUUCUGCUUCCCCUCCUGCUUUCCACUCCCAGCCUGCAGCUCCAGGCUCCUCAGUCUUUGCUCUGACCCCCAGGGCUGCUGCUGUUGCUGCUGUUGCUGUUGCAGGCCUGAAGGGCCAGGCCUGGAGUUAUGUUAUCAAACUGGCGACUGUCUUGAACUUGCCUUAGAAGUAUCCGAACUGUGCUACCAUUGACUAACCCUGCCUUCCAUGGCUGCCUUCUACUACUAACUCUAAACUUCUUCUGGGAUCUUCAUGGCAGACUGCUGUGCCCACUGUGCCCUCGCCUGCCUCUUCUGUGAGUUCAUGUCUCUCUGCUCCCUUGCCCUGGAGUGUGGGGCCUGUGGGGGCUGCCUGGAGGCUUGCUGUGGUGGAGGCAGAGGGGAGUCUCUGGCUGAGGGAUGCUGUUGUGGGGAAGCAGGCGGCGGAGGGAGCUGCCCCUGUGGUUUGGGCUGCGGGAUGCUGCAAGACUGCUGUGGCUCCUCCGACUGCCUGGAGAUUUGCCUGGAGUGCUGUUCAAUCUGCUUCCCAGCCUGAAUUCCCAGCUGGGUUACAACAAGGCCCAUAACAUCCUCCAGUGGUUGCUGACUGCAUUGUGGGCGUGCGUUUGUCCCUUUAAAAAUCUCCUCCCUGACUACAGAGCAUGGCAGUAGACCAGUCUGGGCCAGGCUUUAUGUAUUAUAACAUCAUCAGACAACCUCCUCCAUCUGAAAAACAAACAAACACAACAACAAGCAAAAUGUGUGCACGUUCACAGGCAGAAAAACACUGAGCUGGAUAU